GGAAAAACAGCUAGCAGGAGCAGUAGUGUACGUAGAAUAUGGCGCUCACCACGAGCAGCACUAGUAACCAAGCCCUGCUCGACGCUCAGCUUGAGCUCUGGCACACCACCUUCGCCUACAUCAAGUCCAUGGCGCUCAAGUCCGCCCUAGACCUCCGCAUUGCCGACGCCAUCCACCACCACGGCGGCGCCGCGACGCUCCCCCAGAUACUCACCAAGAUCACGCUGCACCCGUCAAAGAUCCCCUGCCUGCGCCGCCUCCUGCGUGUGCUCACAACCACCGGUGUGCUGAGCGCCCGGCACCCGGCCGACGGCGGCGGCGAGCGAGCGUAUGGGCUCACGCCGGUGUCUCGGCUUCUGGUUGCUGGCCCCUCGAACUUGAGUCCUAUGAUGACCCUGCUGCUCGACGGCGUGUUCGUGUCUCCCUUCCUUGGCCUCGGCGCAUGGUUCCAGCGCGAGCUGCCAGUUCCGUCCCUCUUCGAGAUGCAGCACGGGCGGGCCCCGUGGGACUUCGCCGGCCAGAACCCAGCUUUCGGUGGCCUGCUCAACGAAGGUAUGGUUUCAGACAGCAGCUUCAUCAUGAAGAUCGUCGUGGAGGAGUGCGGUGGCAUCUUCAAGGGGGUAACCUCGCUGAUCGACGUCGCCGGCGGGCUCGGCGGCGCGGCCCAGGCCAUAGCGAAGGCGUUCCCGCAUGUCAAGUGCAGCGUGCUGGAUCUCCCGCACGUCGCCGCCAACGCUCCCGCUAGCACCAAUGUGAAGUACAUUGCUGGUAACAUGUUUGAGAGCGUUCCACCGGCAAACGCUGUGUUCCUCAAGUGGGUUUUGCAUGACUGGAGCGACGAAGAGUGUGUCAAGAUACUUAAGAACUGCAAGAGAGCCAUACCUCCUAGGCAUGAAGGAGGAAAGGUGAUAAUACUAGAUAUGGUGGUUGGAGCAGGAUCAUCUGACCUAAAGCACAAAGAGACACAAGUCUUGUUUGAUCUCUUCAUCAUGUUUGUCAAUGGCAUUGAGCGAGACGAGCAAGAAUGGAAGAAGAUCAUCUUCCAAGCUGGAUUUAGUGAUUACAAGAUCACACCAGUUCUAGGCGUUCGUUCGAUCAUCGAGGUCUAUCCAUAAAUAUCUAGGUAGCUUGUGUUAAAUAAAUGGUACACAUGGUGUACCUGUGGAAUGUUAAGCUUGCCAAAUAAACGAGUCUGUACUCUCGACGAAUGCUUCCAACCAUGAAGGUGAUUUAAUCGAUCAAUGAAAUUGUACGUUUUUCUUUUUGAGGGGUACGUGUUUGGGCUUGUCUGUAUUGUGUUCCGUUCAA